UAUAUUUUUGCUUGUUCUAAAUUUCUAAACCAUACAGCUGAUUGGGAAGCUGGAGGAAAAGUGCAACCUGCUGCCUUCCGACUAUAAGAAAGCACUGUCUGCAGAGCCCGAUGAGAUCAUGUACACAACCCCCGGGGAUGUGGGAAUCUUCUACGAUGACAACGGUAGGAAGUUUGUCAGCAUCUUGAUGCGUUUCUGGUAUCUAACGAGCGCGCGCCUUCCCGAAGACUCCAUGGAGGGAACUCGUAUCUUCCAGAUGGCCAUUGGAGAAGGAGAACCAGAAACUAAGAGACUGCUUACUGCAAUUUAUGAAUUCCAGAGGGAGUUUACUAAAGGAGUUCCUCCAGACUGGAUCAUCACCAGGAUAGAGCACUCCAAGCUUUUGGACUGAGGUGGUGUUGAAAGAAAAAUAGUCACAGCUCAAGAUUAUCCGCACUGGGGGGAGUGAGACACAGCUCCUCAACGAAAAGGACUAAGUUGGAUUUAUCCACAAUUUACUUAAGCAAAGACACAGGAGCCAAUCACAGCCGCUCUACUAAAUACCACCUUGGACUCCUGGUUUGUUUCAUGACGUAGAAAUUAGAGAUUCAAGCCUGAUUUGGCUUGUAACCCCUGCUCUCAAGAGUCGAACACUUUCAGGAAGAAAGUGUUAUCUUCCAGUUGACAGUCAUGUGAUCCCAGAUGGGUGGGGUCUUCAGACAGGUUAACAGCGACCAGCUGAUUUGAAAUGAAUACAUUGUGAUGGUGCUGAUGCGAUAAAUGUCUCCCAGCUCAAUUUAACCUGAGUCUGACGAAGUGACUGAAACCUCUGAGAUUUUUAAAAUCUUUUUUCAGUCUUUGAUCUGCUGCUGUGUAUUCUCAUCUUUAAAAGCUUAACACAUUAUGAGAUUAAACACUUCAUGUGAAAUCAUUCCUUGAGAGAAAACACUCACUGUUUUUCAGAGAAGACCGACUGACGU